AAAUUAGAUUUUAUUUUGGCUGGUUAUCCUUGUUUGAUAAAAUGAUUGAAAAACUGUACUGUAUUGAAAGUUUUCCUUCCAUUUUUCAACUUAUCUAAAGCCAAAUAAAUAGUAAGCUUUAUAGACACACAUGGAAUGCUCCAUCUAUCUCUCCAUUUCCUCUUGCACCGUUUGUCGUGAACUUUGAAUUAUGGCUUCUGCGGACAAAAAAGAAGAGCUUCAUGUUCUAUUGGUGGCAUUUUCAGCCCAAGGUCACAUAAACCCCAUGCUCAGGCUAGGCAAAAGCCUACUAACCAGAGGCCUUCAUGUCACACUCGCCACCACUGAAUUAGUUUACCAUCGCAUGUUCAAGUCCUCCACCACUCCCACCAAUACCGGCGACGAAGCCACUGUCCCCACUUCUAUCACCACCAAUGGAAUCCAAGUGCUGUUCUUCCCUGACGGCUUGGAUGGCGAAGCCAACAACAUGGACCACUACAUGGAGUCUAUGGGGAAAUUUGGACCGGUUAACCUCUCAAACAUCAUCAAGGACCACUUCCUCGGCUGUUCUAAAAGACUAGCUUGCAUUAUCAACAACCCCUUUGUCCCAUGGGUAGCAGAUGUAGCUGCCGAGUGCAAAAUCCCCUGUGCUUGUCUCUGGAUUCAACCCUGUGCUCUUUAUGCCAUAUACUACCGUUUCUACAACAAGUUCAACCAAUUUCCUACUCUCGCGGACCCUGACAUGAGUGUCCAGUUACCAGGUCUGCCAUUGUUACAACCACAAGACCUUCCAUCUUUUGUCCUCCCAUCAAAUACUUUUGGAAGCAUGCCUAAGAUAUUGUCAGAUAUGUUCCAUGACAUGAAGAAGCUAAAGUGGGUAUUGGCAAAUUCAUUCUAUGAGUUGGAGAAGGAGGUAGUAGAUUCCAUGGCCGAGUUGUGCCCUAUAAAAACGGUGGGUCCGCUAGUCCCUCCAUCAUUACUUGGCCAAGAUCAAAACGAAGACGUUGGAAUUGAAAUGUGGAAGCCACAAGACUCCUGCAUGGAGUGGCUUAGCCAUCACCCUCCUUCUUCAGUCAUAUACAUCUCGUUUGGAAGCCUCAUUGUGUUAUCAGCUAAGCAAAUGGAGAGCAUAGCCAAGGCUCUGAAGAAAAGUAAUCGCCCUUUUCUUUGGGUCAUCAAGCGUGGUGAAAAAGCAGCUUCAGAUGGAGUAGAGGAGCUGCCACUGCCACAGGGGUUCGUGGAAGAGACCAAGGACCAAGGCAUGGUGGUGUCAUGGUGCCCACAAACCAAGGUCUUGGUUCACCCUGCAAUCGCAUGCUUCUUAACACACUGUGGCUGGAAUUCCAUGUUGGAAGCCAUCACCGCAGGCACGCCCAUGAUUGCUUACCCACAAUGGACCGACCAACCCACCAACGCUAAACUCAUUUCUGAUGUGUUCCAUACUGGGAUUCGCCUCAAGCAGGACAGUGAUGGCUUUGUUGAAACAAAGGAAGUGGAAAGAGCUAUUGAAGAAAUUGUGGGGGGAACAUGCUCAGAGGAAUUUAAGAAAAAUGCAGCAGAGCUGAAACGGGCUGCAAGGGAGGCUGUUGCUGACGGCGGCUCGUCGGACUGUAAUAUCCAAUCAUUCGUGGAUGAAAUAAUUGCUACCGCAAUAAUUAAUAUCUGAUGUUGUCAUCAUUCCAUGAUCCCAAAAAUUUAUAAUAUCUUGUCGUUAUUGAAUGUUUAAUUCCUAGUUUGGAGUUUUCUCAUCAUUGUACUUCGCUAAUAAAUAUAAUAAUGUACGCCGGACCAUUUGACAUAACAUUUGCCUGCUAGUAUUUUUAAUUUUUUUAUUUGCCUUUUUUCAAUGGACCCACCUAAAUAUAUAUGUGCUGCAAAUAUUCGCUAAUUAUGCAAUAAAAGAACCCUUUACUAUAUACUUGAUCUGUUUUAUUUUUGGGUAAUAAUAUUUUUAUGAUAGAAAAAUAUUAUCUCCUAGAC